UUUAACCUCAAUCAAAUUAAACCGGUCUGUCCAAUUUGAGGAAUAUUAUUUUAAUAAGAAAGCCCAUUUAAAUUAACUUAAUAAUAUAUAAAUAUUGCAAUGGACACAAGAAUGAAUACAUUUUUUGUUUCGGAAAAAAUAUCCAAAACACGCUGGCUUCCAGAUAAUUUGCAAGCAAGCGAACGUUUCCUAACCGGCAGCUGGGAUAUGCCUUCAAAUUUUGUGCGUUUGUGGCGUUUACAGCAGAAUCAAUAUGCCGAUGACUACAAUGAAUUUGUGCCGCGCUGUAGUGACAAACAAUCUUUUGAUAGUGACAUUACGGGUAUCGAAUUCAUUACUACCGAUUUGGCUGUCGUCAGUAGCUCUGAUGGUCGCAUAACAAUUUUGGAAAUUAAGCGAGCGGUUGAAGAUGAUAUUUUGCAACAAAACGCCCACAGUGAGGUCCUACACAAAUUUAACGCAAGUGGAGAUGCGGCGCCAUGUACGGCCGUAUCGGUAUAUGAAAGAGAGAUAGCCACAGUGGGCGAAGAUGGUCGAUUGUAUAUUAUCAGUGCUAAUGAUGUCAAUCAAAUACGGCGUACUCUUGAAGCUGACAGCAUUGCACUAACAGCUGUUAAAUAUGUAAAUCCGCAUGAGGUGCUUACUGCAAAUCGCAUGGGUGUCAUACGCAUGUUCGAUACAAGAGCAACUGAUGAGGAGGUAGCUGUAACGGCUUUCAUGACAUCGUGCGAGGAUGAGAGACGGCCUAACUAUGUAUCUGCACUCACCUCACAUCCCACCCAACCGCAUAUCGUACUAGCCGGAUCGGAGGAGGGCUCCAUAACCGUAUGGGAUCUUCGUCAACCAGGCUAUCCGGCAUCGUACUUGAGUGCACACAAGAGCGCCAUAACAGAAAUCGGGUUUCAUCAUAGAGAACCUUCGAAGCUCUUCACAGCCUCAGAGUGUGGCGAAUUAUGGUUGUGGCAACAGCAAUCUAAUAUGAGCAUUACAAAUAUGGAAAAACCGGUGGCUGAAAAUGUUAAUCCCUGGUUAAAUGGCGAGCGCGCAAAGAAUCGUAUUAAUGUUACUUGUUUAAUUUCCAAUUUGCGCAAAUCUAUCAAUACAUUUGACGCAAGCGGCACGAAGCUAAUCUGCGGCAGUGAUAGUGAAGCAAUUUAUUUAAUUGAUAAUAUAUACUAAUUGUAGUCUUAGAGCUAACGUACGAUAUUAAAUUGGUUAUUUUUUUAAA